AUGCCUACAGAGCCCUCGGUGAGCGGCGCCCACGCCAGGCUGCUCUGCGGCCAGGGACGGGUGCACAGCGCUACAGAUGGCACCGUGCCAGGUGCUUCACGAAGAAACGAGGUGAACAUCCUGGGUGUUUCUGGGAGCUGGAGGGCGGUGUGCAGCCCACUGCCGUCAGCAGCCCUGCCCAAGGCGCAGCGGUCAGCUCCCGGCUCAGAAAUGCCCCGGCGUGGUACGGGACGCUGCCCAAGGCGCAGCGGUCAGCUCCUGGCUCAGAAAUGCCCCGGCGUGGUACGGGACGCUGCCCAAGGUGCAGCGGUCAGCUCCCGGCUCAGAAAUGCCCUGGCGUGCAUCGGUAUUAGAUUCACAUCUCCACUCCUGAAACAAUGUGGUGGAGACACUGAGCAGGCAGAAGAGCCGGCCACGGAGCGGACGCUGGCGGUGAGCUCAGCAGGUCCGGGUGGCGCUGAGUCCCUGGCCGACGCUGGCGGUGCUCCCCCUGCACGGUGCUUCCCCUGCACGGUGCUCCCCCUGCAGGUGCUCCCCCUGCACGGUGCUCCCCCUGAACGGCAGACCCUCUUCCUGGCCUCCACUUCCCUAGAGAAGGUGCUGGCACAUUUGAUAGGUGUAAACACGAAGAGGCAGAACAAAGAAGAGGAGGCUGGUCCAAUGAAGGUGCUUGCAGCCCUGGCGGGCACCGUGGCCGUGGCCGGCACUGCACUUCUCUUGUCUUUCAUCUUGAGAGGCAAAGAACCUCCUGGGGGAAAGACGGGAAAGUUCCAUGUCAGCAGCGUUGUGGAAGCAAGCAGACGCAGGGUGGAACAUGACCUCUACAGCACAAUGACAAGAAACCUCAGGAAAAGGGAAGCCACUUCCCCAUCUCAGCUGCUGGCCCUCUCCAAGAUGCCUGAGCCAACUAGCAGGACUGUUUCCCACGCAGCUGAGAUCAUGGAAACUUCCAUACAAGUGAUGAAACGUCAACCUUCAUGGCCCACAGAUGUCUUAUCAGAGGAGCUCCUGAGCGUGAUUGCCAAUCUGUCUGGCUGCUUACCUUACAUGCUGCCACCAACGUGUCCCAACACCUGCCUGGCGAACAAGUACCGGCUUAUCACGGGUGCCUGCAACAACAGGGACCACCCCAGAUGGGGAGCCUCCAAUACGGCCCUGGCCCGGUGGCUCCCUGCUGCCUAUGAAGACGGCUUCAGUCAGCCCCGCGGCUGGAACCCCGACUUCCUGUACCAUGGGACGGCCCUGCCCCCGGUGCGGGAGGUCUCGAGGCUCGUCAUUCGAGCUUCAAACUCGGCUGUGAGGGAGGACGACCAGUACUCCGACUUCCUGACCGCGUGGGGACAGUACAUCGCCCACGACGUGGCCCUCACGCCGCAGAGCGCGGGCGGAGAGGACUGCGGGCGGACGUGUGAGAACCGGAGCCCCUGCUUCCCCAUCCAGCUGGCCGCCGGGCCCGGGCCGGCCGCGGGCGCCCCGUGCCUGCCCUUCCACCGCUCAGCCGCGGCCUGCGGCUCCGGGGACGGCGGCGCGCUGCGGGGCAACCUGUCGGCCGCCGGCGCGCGGCAGCAGAUGAACGCGCUAACCUCGUUCCUCGACGCGUCCACGGUGUACGGCGGCUCCGAGGCCGCCGAGCGGCAGCUGCGGGACUGGGCGGGCGCGGCGGGGGCGCUGCGGGUCCACGCGCGCCGCCGCGACGCCGGCCGCGCGCUCCUGCCGCUCGCGCGCGCGCGCCCCGCCUGCGCGCCCCCGCCCGGCGCCGCGCGCGCGCCCCGCGCCCCCCGCGCGCCCUGUUUCCUGGCCGGGGACGCGCGCGCCAGCGAGGUGCCCGCGCUGGCCGCCCUGCACACGCUGUGGCUGCGCGAGCACAACCGCCUGGCCGCCGCGCUGCGCGCGCGCAACCCGCACUGGAGCGCGGACACCGUCUACCGGGAGGCGCGCAAGCUGGUGGGCGCCCUGCACCAGCUCAUCACGCUGCGGGACUACGCGCCGCGCAUCCUGGGCGCCGGGGGCUUCCAGCGGUACGUGGGCCCCUACGCGGGCUACGACCCCACCGUGAACCCCACGGUGUCCAACGUCUUCGCCACCGCGGCCUUCCGCUUCGGCCACGCAGCCGUGCGGCCGCUGGUGCGGAGGCUGGGCCCGGACUUCCAGGACCUCGCGGGGCUGCCCGGGCUGGGCCUGCACGACGCCUUCUUCAGCCCCUGGCGGCUCAUCCGGGAAGGGGGCUUGGAUCCCAUCGUGAGGGGUCUCCUGGCCAGCCCCGCCAAGCUGCAGGUGCAGGACCAGCUGAUGAGCGAGGUGCUGACCGAGCGGCUCUUUGUGCUGUCCACCCCUGGCGCCUUGGACCUGGCGUCGCUAAACCUGCAGCGGGGCCGUGACCACGGCCUGCCCGGCUACAAUGAAUGGCGAGAGUUCUGCGGCCUGCCGAGACUGGAGACGCCAGCUGACCUGAACAGGGUCAUUGCCAACAGGAGCCUUGUGGACAGGAUCAUGGACUUGUACAAACAUCCGGACAACAUCGACGUCUGGCUGGGCGGCCUGGUGGAGGACUUCCUGCCGGGAGCCAGGACCGGUCCACUGUUUGCUUGCCUCAUCGGGAGGCAGAUGAAGGCGCUGAGGGACGGGGACAGGUUCUGGUGGGAGCACGGCCCCGUGUUCACCGCCGCGCAGCGGCGCGAGCUGGGGAAGCACUCUCUGGCCCGGGUGGUCUGCGACAACACGGGCCUCACCAGGGCGCCCGCGGACGCCUUCCGCGCCGCGGAGUUCCCCCGGGACUUCGGGGCCUGCGAGGACAUCCCGGGCCUGGACCUGGACGCGUGGACGGAGCCUGUGCCGCCAGGUGACGGGUGCGGCCUCCCGGGCCCGGUGGACCACGGGGACGCCGUGUUCUGUGAAGAGUCGGGCCGGCGCCUGCUUGUGUUCUCCUGCCACCCCGGAUACGCGCUCCACGGGCCCGAGCAGGCCGCAUGCACCCUGCGAGGCCAGGGCACCCCACCGCCGGUGUGUAAAGAUGUGGAUGAGUGUGCAGACCCGACACGCCCGCCCUGCCACCCCUCUGCGAGGUGCAGGAACUCCGAGGGCAGCUUCCAGUGCGUGUGCUCCGACCCCUACGCGCUGGCGGAGGACGGGAGGACCUGCGUGGACUCUGGCCGGCUCCCUCGGGCAACCUGGGUCUCCGUGGUGCUGGUGGUGACUCUCGCCGGCUGCGUGGCAGCCUUCAGCUGCACGGCGAUUCGCAGGGGGACACGUUCGGACACCAAGGCCACACUGCCGGUCACCGAGAGGGACUCGAGAGUGCCCGUCCAGCCGGAGUGUGACAGGGACCAGGCCCACGGGACGCCUCCACCCCGGACGGCAGCCCAAGGCCCGGAGCAGGUGGGUUCACGCCCGUCCUUUAGGGUGAUGGCGCAAGCAGUGCCUCUCACCAGGACUCGGGCGUCACUGAACGUACCUGCCGUUCGUGCUGCUCGCCAGGCCCCGCCUCCAGCACCGGCCCGCACCCUCCUGCCUGCCAUCCUCCAUGCGGACUCUAGUCCUCAGAGAACCGUAGCCCAUCCAACGGUGAACCUACUUUUAAAAGUACAAAUGGAGUGA